CUCGCACCUUCUAGAAUAAAUAAAUUAGUAUUUAGGGACAGUUCCGGGUGUUGUUGUCCAGUUGCAACAUUCCAGUGCACCAUGGAGUUUCCAGAUGUUGGGAAACAUUGUUCACAACCAAACUGCAAUAAAUUAGAUUUUCUUCCAAUCAAAUGUGAUGUUUGUUCGGAAAUAUUUUGUGACGAGCACUACUCUUACACCAAACACAACUGUGCUAACGCUUAUCAAAAAGACAACCAAGUGCCUGUGUGCCCCCUUUGCAAUAAACCCAUUCCUGUACCACAAGGGCAACAACCAGACUUUGUCGUUGGUGCCCACAUAGACGAUGACUGUCAGUCGGACCCAGCGAAGAACAAACGCAAAGUUUUCACAAACAAAUGUUCAAUGAAAGGGUGCAAAGUCAAAGAGGUGGUUCCGGUGAUUUGUGAUAAUUGCAAUAUGAACUUUUGCCUUAAACAUCGCCACACUAUUGAUCACCAAUGUCAAGGCAAGAAGUCUUCAACCAAUCAAAAAAUUCUAAAUGCCGCCUUAGCCAGACAGGAAAAAAUGAACGGGGCUGCUUACACCAAUGAAAUACAUGGAAAUAUGAGUGAAGAUGAGGCUUUGGCACGUGCUUUGGCGUUAUCAAUGCAAGAAACGUCAAAAAAACACGUGAGUCAGGAAGAUAUGGAUCUGGCGUUAGCCCGACAAUUGCAAGCUUCGGAAUAUCAAGGGACUAGGAACAGGACAAGUGCUAGGGAUAGAUGUACUGUAGCAUAAUUCAUAUUUACACCCUUCUAAUGUACCUUCUUCUAUUUUUUAUUUCAAUAAAUUGCAACAAGUUUA